AUGCCAACCUUCCGAAGGGCGAUAAUCGCCGUCAUCUGCCUGAUCGCCUUCGUCGUCUUCCUCCGUCAUUCGAGCCGAGACUCCGACGUACCCGGCGCGCCGGGCUACAGACCUGUUCAGGGGAUUUAUGAGGAGGAACAGGAUGCAUACGCGCAAUCAAAGCUUCAAAAAGCCAGCGGGCGUGGCCAAUUACCCCUCGGCGCGACACCGACCGCGCCACUACGCGAACGCCUCCGUUACCAGUUCCCCUACGAUAUGAGCAAAGGCUUCCCCGCAUACAUUUGGCAGACUUGGAAAUACGAUCCUACGUCGGAAUAUUUUGGUGAUGAAUUUCGUGGCACAGAGGCUAGUUGGACGAACCUGCACCCUGGAUUCCAUCACGAGGUUGUCACCGAUGACACGCAGCGACAUCUGAUUCUAUACCUCUACGGGUCCGUCCCCGAUGUCUUCGAGGCAUACGACUCUCUACCCCUACCCGUAAUGAAAGCGGAUUUCUUCCGAUACCUGGUUCUUCUCGCACGCGGCGGUGUCUAUAGUGAUAUCGACACAUUGGCGCUGAAGCCAGCAGGAUACUGGCUGCCUGAGGAGCUGGAUCGGUCAACCGUGGGAUUCAUUGCUGGAAUUGAGGCGGAUCCCAACCGCCCAGAUUGGCACGACUGGUACUCCCGUCGCAUCCAAUUCUGCCAAUGGACCAUCGUUUCGAAGCCCGGUCAUCCCAUUCUGCGUGACAUGGUUGCUUACGUUACUGAGGAAACUCUGCGGAUGAAGAAGGCUGGAAUCCUCAAGGUGGGCAGUAUGGACAAGACCGUUAUGGAGUUUACGGGUCCUGGAGCUUGGACAGAUGCUAUCUUCCGCUACUUCAACAACCCGGAAUACUUCAAUAUCCAGCCCGGAGACAAUAACAUCACAUAUGAAGAUUUCACUGAGCAAACAACGGAGAGGAAGGUCGGCGAUGUGGUUGUUUUACCAAUUACGAGCUUCAGUCCUGGUGUUGGACAAAUGGGAGCAGGUGAAGUUGAUGACCCCAUGGCUUUUGUGAAGCAUAACUUUGAUGGCUCGUGGAAAACGGAUCCAUCCCUGUGA